GACAGGGAGGACUGAACAAGCUGGACCAUCUUGUUAAGAUUGCUCGUGGUUUCCUCUUCUCUCCGGUUGCGGAGUGGUGGGUCGUGAUGGCGCUUUACAACUUCAAGAAGAUCACGGUAGUGCCGUCCGCUAAGGAUUUCAUUGACCUGACUUUGUCAAAAACCCAACGGAAGACACCAACAGUGAUUCACAAAAACUAUCAGAUCAGCCGAAUUCGUCACUUCUAUAUGCGCAAGAUAAAAUUUACACAACAAAACUAUCAUGAUCGUCUCAGCUUGAUUCUGACUGAUUUUCCAAAACUUGAUGACAUACACCCUUUUUAUGCUGAUUUGAUGAAUGUACUUUAUGAUAAAGAUCACUACAAGCUGGCAUUGGGGCAGAUUAACAUUGCAAAGAACCUCAUCGACAAUGUUGCCAAGGACUAUGUGCGUCUGAUGAAAUAUGGUGAUUCUCUGUAUCGUUGCAAACAGCUGAAACGUGCGGCACUUGGCCGCAUGUGUACUAUUCUGAAACGACAGAAACAAAGUUUGGAGUAUUUAGAGCAAGUUCGGCAACAUCUUUCUCGUCUGCCAUCUAUUGAUCCCAACACAAGGACGUUGUUGCUUUGUGGUUACCCUAAUGUUGGAAAAUCCAGCUUUAUUAACAAGAUUACUCGGGCAGAUGUUGAAGUACAACCCUAUGCUUUUACCACAAAAUCAUUGUUUGUGGGACAUAUGGAUUACAGAUACCUGCGCUGGCAGGUAGUUGAUACACCUGGAAUUUUGGAUCAUCCAUUGGAGGAACGGAAUACCAUUGAGAUGCAGGCGAUCACUGCACUGGCUCAUCUCCGUGCUGCUGUCCUAUAUGUGAUGGAUGUGUCAGAGCAGUGUGGCCACACUGUGGAGGAGCAGCUAGAACUCUUUAAAAAUAUUCAACCUCUUUUUGCAAAUAAGCCCCUUAUUAUUGUUGCAAAUAAAUCUGAUGUAAAGAAGAUAGAUGAACUUAAAGAAGAACAGAAGAAAAUUUUUUCAGAUUUAAUGGCAGAAGGGAUCACUGUAACAGAAACAAGUACUUUGACAGAGGAGGGCAUCAUUAAAGUUAAAACUGAGGCAUGUGACAGACUUCUUGCUCAUCGUGUUGAUAGUAAAAUGAAAGGCAAGAAGGUGAAUGAUUUACUGAACAGACUACAUCUAGCUGUUCCAUCAAAGAGAGAUGAAAAGGAAAGGCUGCCUUGGAUACCUGAAGGAGCAUCCAAACGCAGAAAAAUGGUGGUUGAUGCACCAAAACGUAAAACGGAGCGAGAUUUGGAGUUGGAGUUGGGUGAUGAUUAUGUCUUGAACCUCCAGAAACACUGGGAUCUAAUGAAUGAGUCUGAGAAGCAAGAUCUGAUUCCCGAAAUAUGGGAAGGUCACAACAUAGCUGAUUACAUCGAUCCUGAAAUUAUGCAGAAAUUGCAACAGCUUGAAAAAGAAGAAGAAUUGAAACAAAUGGCAGGUGAAUAUGAUUCAGAUUCUGAGAGUGAGGAUGAAGAAAUGAAAGACAUUAGGAAGUUGGCCAGUCAAAUCAGAGAAAAGAAAAAAAUGCAAAUCUUGAUAUCCAGAGAGAAACAAACAAAAAAGGGUCCCAAGAUGCCAAGAACUGCUAAAAAGAUUGAACGAAAAACUUUGGAAAAGGAAAUGGGAUCGCUUGGCUUAGAUAUGGAUGACAAAGAUGAUGCACACUAUGCUGUGCAAGCUCGACGAUCUAGAAGUGUCACCAGAAAACGUAAACGUGAGGAAUCUCAACCACCAACAUCUAAAGUCCGCAUUCGGAGUACUUCGCGCACUCCACGUGAUCUUUCUGGUGUGCGUGAUGAAAAGAUGUUGAAGAAGGUUAAAAAGAUGAUGAAGAACUCCCAACUGGACAUGAAUCGCAUGGGAAAGAAAGGAGAGGCUGACCGACACGUAUUUGAUCUUAAACCAAAGCAUCUGUUAGCUGGCAAGCGAAAAAUGGGUAGAACAGACCGUCGAUGAACUAAAAGGAGGAUGCCCGCUCUAAAUUGCAGGACUGUGUUCAAUUUGCAACCCGUCAGAAAAGAAGCUACAAAGCAUCUUGAUUUACACAUGAUAGAAGAACCGAGUGAGAGAAGAUUUUGAACAUAGGAAAUAUCUUGUCAAAAAUAUAAUUGUACUUUUGAAAAGAAUGAAUCUGAAUGUUAAAUUUGAGCUUUGUUGCUCAUUCAAGGAUAUGGUUUCUGAACUCAAGCAAUAAUGUAUAAGAAACAUUUUUCGAAACUGAAUUAGUAUGCUCUUGGAAGGUCUGACAAAAUCCUACUUUGAAAAGUUGCUGAAUGCUGCCAAAUAUCUGCAGGUGUCGUCAGUUUGAUUAUCUGAAUCCAGUUUUAGCAAUGUGCAUUGUAAAUGGAAUUAUCAGUUCUUGCAUUAGUAAACAAGAUGUAAUUUGUGUUCAUUAAAUGGAUUUGAGUUUAAAA